GAUGGUCGCCAAACGCUUGACGGAGGUUACUGCUGACCAGGAUUUGCUGGAGCAGGGGAACUCCAAUGUACUGGACGAUGUCACUAUUGAUGAAACUCAAGAAAAGGACGUCGCUAUAGACCUUGAUGUUGGUGAAGAUCUUCUGAAAAAUGAUGUCAUGAAGCAGGUUGUGGAAUAUUUGAAGCAUCUGAAAUUAGAGCAACACAUAAAAGACGAAGAACACACUCUGGACCUGUGGGAUUUUGCUGGACAGCACGUUUACUAUGCCUCCCAUCAUGUAUUCCUGUCUCCUCGAGCGCUUUACGUUCUUGUUUGUAACCUUAGCAAGGAUAUGGACGCAGAAGCAGAGGAAUACUUCGUUCAAGGUGUUAAUAAAAGGAGGCUCCAUAACCCAAACAGCGAGACCAAUCUGGAUAAGUUAUUGUCCUGGCUGGUUUCUGUGCACAAUGUUAGGCCCGCCGACGAUAGAACUGUCCGCGAGUACGCCCGCCCUCCAGUAUUCAUCGUAGGUACGCAUGCAGAUGAACCUGCAAAAGACGUCAAAACGAUGAUUCUACGUAUACAGGAGAGUUUAACCGAGAAGACCUACCAGGAACAUGUGAUUAGGCCGCUCUUCAGUGUUGAUAACAAGAAGUCUCUGCAUGAUGACGGGGUUCAAGCCUUACGAAACAAGAUAAUGGAGGUGUUAAAACUGGAGCCAUACAUGGGCGAAGAACUUCCAAUCAGAUGGUUUCACUUUGAGAAAGUUGUGGAGGCUUUAGUGAAAAAGAAACGUUAUCAUAUGGAAAUUGGAGAGCUCCGAACCGUCAUCAAAAAAAAGUGUCGGAUACACGAAGACAAAGAAGUGGACUUGAUGUUAGAUUUUUACCACAACCUUGGAGUAAUUGUGAAGCAUGGCAGUACUGUAGUACUACAAGCACAAUGGCUGAUUGAUCUUUUAAAGCAACUGAUCACCGUGCCGCCAUUUGAUAAGGGGGAUGGUUCUAUCUCAAACUGCUGGGAUGCUCUCGAGAAGUCUGGAAUUCUUCAAAUGAAACUCGUGGAACAUGUUUUUGAUGAGCCUGACAAGAGAGGAUUGAAAAAGGAAGAUAUUUUGGAUUUGAUGGAACAAUUUGGGCUGAUCGCGAAAUUUUUUCCACAUAGGAAAACUAAGGUAGCAAGAUAUUUUGUGCCAACCCAACUUACCGAACCACCUCCCCCAGAGCUUUGCGAGAAGAAACCUUCUGGCUGUGAUCCUUGUUUGCUGUAUGUCACCUUCAGUGAUGGGUUUGUCCCUUACGGGCUCUUUCCCCAGCUUUUGUCAGCAUGUAUCGCUUGGUGUUCCGAGCGUGGUUUCCGAGACGAGCCCGGUCUGUAUAGUAACGGAGCUAGGUUUUUCAUUGGGGAACAAUCCAUGUACAGUCUGGUCCUUAUUUGCAGAAAAAGAUCGAUCAAGGUCGCAUUAACCCAGAUGGAAAAUUCUGCUUCAGGAUCCUCAGACACUGCUUCAAAGGAAGUGGAACCCUGGGAAGUUCGUGUCUUUCUUGAUGAUACCCUGGCUGGCUUCUCAAAGAAGCUACACUGGCUACGUAAUUUAUCGUAUGACUGGUGUGUUCCAUGCACUGUUUGCCACUGCGACCAGCACAAUUGUAAAUCAGGCUGUUGUACUAACGAAGAAUGUUUGCAUCUCCACCCGGUACACUCUUCUGAUAAAUUGAUCGUUUGCAAAAGAAGCCCUCGCGAUGAAAUAGUCAAAAUUCCUGGAUUGGGGAAAUGGUUUCGGACGAAAAUCGAGAAUGAAGAACAGAGCGAGGACAAUCAGUUAUUUGCACCAGACCAGAUCGAUGCUACUGCGGAGAGGCAGAGUUCAACCAGAACGAAAAGGUCUCAGCGAAACAGAGAGACUGUGGGAGGUAGAGACCAGAAUGAUGCUUCUGUGGAGAAGCAUAGUGCAAACAGACUGAAAAGGCCUUCAUGUUCAUCCACCGGAGUUCCUGAGGUGACUGUGGGAGGUAGAGGUAAUCUUUUCUUGUGUGUCAUUUUUGAAGGGCGAGCAUGCAGGAAUUGGCGGUCACACUCCGGCUAA